GGAUUGGCAAAGCAUGCCGCCCUUCUGGGCAAACCAAAGAAAAGUGAUGAGAGCAGCGCAGUUCUGCUGGAUGAGGACCAGCUCCAAACGCCCUCUUUUCCGAGCCUGCCCGGAGGUCACGUGCUUUUCAGCGUUGGAGGUCUCCUGCUGUGCUCAACGCUGAAACCAGUGCCGGUUUUGUGGAAGUCAGUAGCGAGAUGUUCGCGGAGGUGGAGAAGUUGAUGCUGGAGGACCGGGCGUGCCUGGAGUGCGGAGAGGCCCAUUGCCACUGCAAGCGUUCAACAGGUCGAUGCACUGUCUGGAGUCGAGGUGCGAGAAUAUGCACCUUAUGCUAUGAUUCAAAUUUCAAACUCAACAAGGUAUGCAAGGACAUGCAAGGUAUGCAGAGUUUGCCAUACCGCGCCUCCCUGCAGAGAUCAACGUCCUUGGUCGUACAGGUGGUGGAUUGUUUUGAAUGUGACAAACUACAUGGCACCAGAGGUUGGCCGUCAAGCAGAACUUCAAGCGAAUAGGCUGUGGAG